AUGUCACGGCCGCCCAAAACGACCCUAGUAUUCCUCAAUCUCCCUGUUCAAAGCUCUUCGUGGCUUAUGGGAAUAGAUUUUCAAUUCUUCAACUUGAAGCAGGUUUUUAAAGGUAUUAAGCUGAUUCCUGAUGGGGUUCAUCUUUUGCAUUAUUCAGAAGCACUGACAGAACCAGAUACUUCAGACAAACAAAACGCACUUUCUAGUCUCAGAUACGGCCAUUGGAUUGAAUGCAAAGAGGGUUUUGUUCACAUCUUCUUCUGGGAUGAGGAAUUGCAUCAACUCGUUAUGGUUGAAGAGAACCUGUUGGACUACUCAAAGGGUAUGGCACACCUUGGAGAUGACUACAAGUAUAUGGUCAAUUAUCCUGGAGAUGCAGAAGAAUGGACCAAGUUGACGAACAUGAUUGACUUUGAGAUAAUAGAAGAGUAUUUACCCACAAAAAACGGGUCUGGAGCUGUCAGCACGAUCAUGCCGUCCAGGGAGGAAAGAAUUGCACUCACCGAGAUUCUAAAUCGUAACCAGACAUCCGACAAAACUCCACCUGUCAAAGAAGAUGAAGAGGAAAUCAACUAUACAAUAAUUCAGCACGAAAAACACAGAGAAGACAGAACGGGACAAGAGUUGACGGAUGAUCAUUUCGACAAGUCGUGGUAUCUACAAGAGCUUUACGGCCAUGAUAACGAGUUGCUCAUUGCCGAGUUGCAAUUGGCAUUUGUCAAUUUUGUGGCGGUCGGUAGUUUUUGCUCUGGAAUGCAAUGGCUAAGUUUGGCCAAAUUGGUCCUGACUAGCAAAUCAUUUUUGGAUCGAAACAAAAAUUUCUUCUUUCAGUUUCUAUGCACUUUUCACCUACAGCUCAUAAAGCUUCCUUCCGAGCUUUUGGUAGAUGAGCUCAACCUCCAUAAUCAGCUAAACAUCAAAAUUUAUGUGGAAGUGAUGGAAAACUUUAGCGACAUCUUUGACGCAAUGAGCGGAAAUUGCUGUGGAAAAAUGAAGCUUAAAGGUAAUUUGCAGAACAUAUGGCACAACAUUGUGGCUACAAAUAAGAAGUUUGGUAUAGAUUUGAAACAGUUGAAGCGCUUGGUGGAUGAAGAAAACUUUGAAGUGUUCAACUUGGAAGACUACGACGAAAAUGACGAAGACAUGCCGGUCAUCGUGUGA